CGCAAUCGCAGACCAUCCGGGACGCAGAACGCAGGAAGGAGGCAGAGAGGAAGACAAUGGCCCUGGAUAAUUUUAUGUUCACCCAGUGCAUCCUUUAUUUCUUAGCCUUUGUGUUCGGUUUCAUCGCCGUGGUGCCUCUGUCGGAGAACGCGGAGGAUUUCGGCGGGAAAUGCCUGCUGUUCACGCGCGGCCUGUGGCAGAACGAGAACAUCACCGUGUCCAAGCAGCGCUUCAUCGUGGACGAGUGGGGACCCGAGUCCUCCUGCAGCUUCGUCACUGUCGUGGGCAUAGCGUCCCUCGUCCUGUCCGCGGUCCAAGCGUGGAGGCUGCUCUUCUUUCUGUGCAAAGGACACGACGACUCCAUCUUCAACGCCUUCCUCAACCUCCUGAUCAGCUCCCUCGUGGUGUUCACCGUCUUCCUGUCCAGCACCAUCGUCAGCGUGGGCUUCAACCUGUGGUGUGAUGCCAUCACAGAGGGCAGGACCAUGCCCAGCAGCUGUGAGGAACUGCAAGACACUGACCUGGAACUUGGCCUCGACAACUCCUCUUUCUACGACCAGUUUGCGAUAGCUCAGUUUGGACUGUGGGCCUCCUGGCUCAUGUGGCUGGGGAUUACAGUGAUGGCCUUCUUGAAGGUCUACCACAACUACAGGCAGGAGGAUCUGCUCGACAGCCUGAUCCAUGAGAAAGAACUUCUGCUUGGGCGCUCCUCACACCACAGCUCCGACCUCAAGACCGGCAUCAUCUAGACUCGAGGAGAUGCUCAUCCCAGCGGUCCUCUUGCCUGCCAGGAGAAACACCAUUUGCCUAUGUAGACAAUCAAAACCCAACUGGCUUUAGCUCCCAUUGAUGAUGGAAUGAGUACAAAUAUGGAUUUCCAUAUGUGUUAAUCUGUGGUACUUCAUUUCCCAAAAGCAUCUUAAGAGUACGAUGAUUUUAGAAGCACUAUUAGAAAACUCAUGUUCCCCAAUAGCUUGUUGAAACAACUGUUGCUGAAUGAGCGUGUGUUCAGCGCUCGUACAAGGCAGCGAACAGUUUAAAGAAGAUACCAAAUCUGCAGAAGAAACCCAGCAACUGCAUGUUUCAUAUAUUGUUUAGGGUCAUUCAUCAGCGGACGUGAUAAAUUACAACUGAUGCCAACGACACCUACUUGAAGACUAUUAAAUUUAUGCUACUAAGGAUCAUCUUUGCUCAUCAAAAUUGUAGAUACGUGAUACAAAAUAGAUUAAAAACCACAUCAGACUGUGGCAUUAAACAGUUCUUACACCACAGUCAGUCAGUGUAAAGCAGAAUUAAUGUUUCAUGAUCUUCAGUCUUACUGAAGAUAAUCUGAUCUGCUUACCAGAAAUGCAAAAA